CAUGAGUGUAAUUCCCACUCCUAGCGCCAAUACAUCUUGGGAACAGGUGACAUUUGGCGUCCUGGUUGGAUUUGGAGGUGCAGUGCAUUACAGACCCGCGUUGCUAGAGAUCAUAACAAUCUAAUACAUAACAUGGCUUGCGCUACUCUGAAAAGAAGUCAUAACUUUGAAGUUUUGGAGUCUACGUGUUCGAAAAAAAGACGGUAUCAGACACUUUCUCCAAAUUGCAAUACGGAAGUAACUGCAUCGGAGUCCCCGUUUAUUCCUAAGCAGUUGUCAACUCAGGGUAUGUUUAUUUAUUAAUUCUUUUAUUAUGAUGCAAGUCUUUCGACUUCAUUUAUGAGGGAACACAGCUGUUUGCUUAGGUAAUUUUAGACUACCAACCUAGAUUAUACUGGUGUCAAGUUAUGUUUUCGUAUUUCAAAUUAAAACUGUAUUGAUUUAUUGGGUUACUGGCCUAUAACUCGCCGAAUUGACAGCGCUAACAUUCUCUUUUAUCAUAUCAGGCGGUUCCCAUGACACUGACAGGCAUGUCAGUUGAGUAUAGGGCGUGUGUUUCUGAUAUGUUUUGAAGUACUAUGUGAUUACUGGCAAGAUAUGUCCAUCUAUAUGCCGGCCCAUAUCAGGGAUUAUGAAGAGAUAACAACCCGGGGUAAUUUAAAGGUAUUUUGUCGAAUUCAACCACUAAUAGAUGUGAUCUUAAUAGACUUCAGCGACUUAAGGAUUGGAUUUUUAUCAAACAGCAGUCUCGUCGAUAUAGAGUAUAGGGACGUUUCUCCUGCCUCCUUUGUUAAGUUGUAUAAUAUGAUGAACAAAGCAGUGAUCUAACUACGUGUAAGAUAACGGGGUAAAGUCAGUUAAUGAGACACAUUGUUAGCCAGGAUAUGCUUCCAUUUCAAAUCAUUCUUUCCCUUUUCCUGCAGUACUAGCUGACAUAGGACUAGGAUGUAAAGAAAUUGGGGAUGGUCUUAUCAAAACCUGGCAUCAAUCCAUGGAGCAACUGACUUUUGAUUUUAGUCACUUAAGGAGGUGUAGGCUGGCUGAGACACUUAGGACGUUAAGCUCGGUGGCUGGCGACUUUAUAAUGUGGCUGAAUGUCGUCCUCACUCUAUUCUUCCGCAAAUCUCAAUUAGUUAUAGUUCCUUAACAUUUUUUUCUCUGCGUGUUGUAUGGCUGUCUGACUUACUGGUUUUAACGUAGAACUUUGCACAGAUGUUCAUCAGUUUGAGUUGCCACACCAUGUAGCACACAGAGAAAGAGAAGAGAAUGAAAAAAGGAUUCAAAACAGGCAACGAGAAGUGUGUGGGAAAAAAGAUGGUAAUGUGGGAGAACAGUAGUUUCACUGGGUACGACAAAUCACAAAGAGUCAAUGCAACUGUGCCAUUGAGAACAAUUUUGAGCUAAGUCGCCGAUUCUGUCCAUCUGUUGGUUUCUACCAUCCCGAGGACCCCAACUAGGAAGUCUACACCUCCGUACCUGGCGCAAACUAAUUGUUAUGGAUAUCAUUGACUGAUGCCAUGUUUUUUAGUUUGACCGUCACCACAGGGUGCUAUAUGGAGCAUAGUGACUCUAACUUCUGCCCUUUUAUGCAAAGUCCUACGUCGGAAACUCAGUUAGUUAUCCUGAAUGGUGAUAUACUUUCCUGUUAUGGACCUAUAAUACUACCUGGCUGUCAAAACCUCUCAGGUAAAGCAUGUUUGAAAUCCUUUUCAGAUCGAUUAGAAGUUGAUUGCAGAAAUCAGUACUGUAACAUGUCCACUGCAUUUAUAUUGUUAACAUUCUCAGUUCUGUUAUUCUGUAGUAGUUCAUAUGACAAUAUGCGUGUAAAUCCAUGUAGUGAAGUAUUGAGUGUUUUCUGAGCAGAUAUCUCACUUAAAGCUUCUACGAAUUCUCAUUGUUUUCAUACUUAUUAAUUUCUACGUCUUAUUCAUUGUGUUUUAUGUCAAUUUUAGCCCAGCUAAAGCGUCGCAUCAAAGAAGAAAUUAAACGCCUACAGCGACGACGUUUGAUUCCGCGGUUUUUAGGUGGUCCACCACCAGCAAUAAGUACAACAUUUACUAGUCAUGUGCAGGAUAAUGUAGCGGUUGCCUCAUGCAGUGGCAGUUUCCGAUCCAUGGUUUUGCGAUCACCUACUACAGAUAGUCAAGAUUCAGACAGUGAUCAGUCACCCUUGCGUAACAGUGAGCCUGCGUUUCCAACACUUGGCACUACCUCUGUUCCUUCCUCUCAACCGUCUUCACAGUCUGUCCGUAAUUUGGAUUCAGUGCCUAUCUUCACCUUGCCACAAGUUACAGCUCUUUGCGAACGCCUAAUGAAAGAACGAGAGGACGAGUUACGAGAGGAAUAUGACAAUAUAUUAUCAUGUAAAUUAGCUGAACAAUAUGAAGCAUUUCUGAAGUUCAAUCAUGAUCAGCUUUGUAGCCGAUUCCAGAACUCUCCGAUGAGCUAUGUAUCUUGAGAUUAUUGUUCGCAAUAGAACUUAUCGACUGCCUUCCAUCUGCUACAGUGGUAUUCAAACUUCGUUGAAUUAAUAUGAACUGACUGUGUUCCCAUAUUUCUGUUUCUCCCUUACAACUUUGCCGUUUUCCUAUUCUUCAAGUGUUUCUUAGAAAUCUUGUUUCCUGUGUUUGCAAGUCACAAAAUAUCAUGGUGUAUGUACUUCUGCCGUAGAAUUCGUUGUGACUAUUAUGCAGUGUAUUGCAUGUACUGAAAAUUAUCAGACUGAUGCUCAACUAGUUCAGUGUAAACAUUUGUAACUCAUAUUCUCCCUGUGGUUACUAAAGUUGUGCACUCAGUAUAUCUUCUCUACACUUUCUCUGUGAUUCGUAAAGUAUUUGCGAGAACAAUUUGAAGCCUUGUUGAUCUAAAGCAAAUUUGACUAAUAUUCAGGCAAUAAAUGUGAUCAUUAUGAAA